AUGCAGUUUUCCUUCCAUAACUUCCUCUCAAUAUCUUAUUUCCUGCUCAUCGGAACAUCAGCCUCACCACUCUUCCUUAGCAACACGAAGGCCCUCGACGUCCGCAGCCCCGUGCAACCUCGAAACCCAGCCAAUACUGCAGUCAACCCAGCGGCAGUGACGGGAACCACAUGUGAUGACCCAACCGUCUCACUGGUCACACACGACACCAACGUGGCCAUCUUGUCCAUCUGUGGUGGGAUCGCAGGCGCCAUUGAGUUCUGCGGCGGUGAUCCAUCAACCACGGUUGGAGCCUCGGGCACGUCCAAAUUCACCCUUACAGCUGUCAAUGCCGACAAGGGAGCAACGAUCAAUGUGAGCAAGGGAAGAUGGGAAGGUUGUGUGAGGGCCGCGAAUGCCGUUUGUCCGACUGGCACUUAUACCAGUACCUGUGUCGGUGGAACAAGUGACGGAGUCGGCUUUACUUUUGUUUUGAGUGAGAACAAUUGA